AUGAACACAAUUGUUUGUAAUGGUAACAAAUUGAAAUGGAAGUUUGACAAUAUCAAAAACCUGGGCGAAGAUGACUUUUCGAGUGAUAAAUUCACAAUUGGACCUGUUGAUUGGUUAGUUUCCGAGUCUUUUCCUGAAAAUCAAUUUUCUAUUUUUAUAACCUAAUCGGAAUUUUUCAGGGUCAUCGAUAUUUCUUCCGAGACUACGAAUAAUGUGAAGUUCUUGACAGUUCGGUUGAGAUAUGAUUCAAUGAACAAAGAUCAGAAAAAUUGGAUUUGUGAUGCCAAAGGAAAAUUGAAAUUGUUGAAGCAAGUUGGGGCUGGAAAACAUGAAGUGAAUGGUUUGGAAAUUCGGUAUCACGGAGUACGAAACAAUUGGGGAUCCGAUAUUUUGGAGAUGGCGAAGGUUUGGGAAAGAUCGAGUGGUUUUAUGAAAGAAGAUUCGCUGGUUAUUGAGAUAGAUUUCAGCUUCAAGUAUCAUGAUUUCUCAAAAAGUAUUGAAAACCUUACUGAUAUUCGAAUCAAUGUCGAAGAUACCGAUUUUUAUUUAAAUAAAGGAGUGAGUUUUUGGUUGUAGUAUUAGUUUCACUCAUAGAAAUGGGUUCAGGUUCUUAGCUCGAAGUCGGAAUAUUUCUACAAAUUAUUCGCCGAUAGUAAAUACACAGAAACUUUCAAAAUUUUGGAGGACAUUGAUGCUUUUGAUUUAUGUUGUAUUCUAGUGCCUUUUACUUCGGUUGACCCAUUUUUUGGUUUGUUUCGAGUUAUCUAGUUCCGGUAUAAAAUAUUAUUUUUUUAAAGGGGAUUGUUAUGAUACAUACAUUGAAAUUGCUAAAACAUACGGAGUUCUAUCACUUCAUGACACCUGCGAGAAAUAUUUGAUUUCUAAUCAAAAGAUUGGAAUAAUGGAAAAAAUCAAGUAUGCAGAUGAGAAUGAUUAUGAGAAGCUUCUCGAAAAAUGCAUUAAAAUGUUCAAAUCUCCAGUCGAAAUAAAGAAUUUGCACACUGAUAUAAGAUUUGAGAAGUUGAAGGAUGUCACAAAAUGGAAAAUCAUGAAUCGUUUGUUGGACAUGUUGUAA